CUAAUCCACGGUGUGUCUGCAAGUUCACCCCAAUGGAUCUACUCUCCUCUGCACACGAACAUAUACCUGCGCAUCCAGCAUAGGACCGCUCCUUCUAUACUUCACUGCUUUUUCACACAUCUGUCCACUCUUUUUCUUAUUCGUUUCAAACAAGCCAACAACUCAACACUCACACUCUCUCUCUCUCUCUUUCCCAAAGCAUUUCUAUUAUUGUGAGUGAGUGUUCGAUCAAAGACACACAAUUAACACAAUCAAAGAUGGGAUCCGGAGCCGGUGAUUUUCUUAAGGUUCUUCUCAGAAAUUUUGAUAUUCUUGCUGGGCCUGUGAUCAGUCUUGUUUAUCCUCUUUAUGCUUCGGUUAGGGCAAUUGAGAGCAAGUCUCCUGUUGAUGAUCAACAAUGGCUAACUUAUUGGGUUCUGUAUUCGUUGAUCACUCUUUUUGAACUUACUUUUGCCAAAUUGCUCGAAUGGAUUCCUUUAUGGCCAUAUGCAAAGCUGAUUGUAACCUGCUGGUUGGUCCUUCCUUAUUUUAGUGGUGCUGCUUACGUUUAUGAUCAUUACGUUAGACCUUUAUUUGUCAAUCCUCAGACCAUUAACAUAUGGUAUGUUCCAAGAAAAAAGGACGUAUUCACAAAGCCAGAUGACAUUCUAACUGCUGCAGAGAAGUACAUUAAAGAGAAUGGAACAGAAGCAUUUGAGAAUCUGAUCCAUAGGGCUGAUAAUUCAAAAUGGGCCGGUAGUCAUCAUACAAUGCAUGAUGAAACCUAUUGAAAGCAAUUAUGUGGCUUCUGCAUCUUGUGGAUGAGGUGCAUGUACAUGUUAGUAGCGUGUUGCUGAUUUUGUUUUUCGUUUUCUGAGACAUGUUUUUGUCAUCACUCUUUAUUGUCGUGUAAUAGAAUUAGUAUCUACGUUUUGUUUUUAUUAAGACAUGCAUGGUAUAUAGAUGAUGUUGGUACAACAGUAGAAUCAUGUUGAUUUUCUCUUCUUUUAACCUUAACAAAGCCCGCCAUUAUUAGAGUAUGGGUCUGUUUAGAAUAAUUUAUGAGAAUAUAAGUUUAUUUGAA